AGGGCCCUCAUGCGCCGCCUUGUGAUUGGCUGCGGGGAGCCUCCUUCCUUUCCUCGCUUGCUGGCACAGCGCUCGCUGCAAAGAUGAAUGACACAGUGACUAUCAGAACCAGGAAGUUCAUGACAAACAGACUCCUUCAGCGCAAGCAGAUGGUGAUUGAUGUUCUUCAUCCUGGGAAGGCCACAGUUCCCAAAACAGAAAUCAGGGAAAAGUUGGCAAAAAUGUACAAGACGACCCCGGAUGUAAUUUUCGUCUUCGGCUUCAGAACUCACUUUGGUGGUGGCAAGACAACAGGUUUUGGCAUGAUUUAUGAUUCCCUGGACUAUGCAAAGAAAAACGAACCAAAGCACAGGCUUGCCAGGCACGGCCUGUAUGAAAAAAAGAAGACUUCUAGGAAGCAGCGAAAGGAGCGUAAGAACAGAAUGAAGAAAGUCAGAGGCACAGCCAAGGCAAAUGUUGGUGCAGGCAAAAAGAAAUGAAGUAUCUAGCAGUAAAUGAGCACACAUCAGAUGGAAAAUGGAUAACAGACUAGAUGAUUCUGUGAAGAAGUAUGGGAUUAUUCUGGAAAGAACCAUGUCAUCUGGCUUUAACAUCAAAUAAACUAUGCCAAUAAAA